AUAUCCGCAACUACGAGAGUCUCGAAGACGGCGAUAACUACGACGAUAGCUUCGACUUUGGAGGCGACCAAGGCUGGGGCAGCGGUGACAGCGACGAAGACGACGGCGGCGCGAAAUUAGCUGGUCUUGAUAUUCUCUCAUCGAUCUCUGACGCACCGGCAACUACUGCACCACGUCCUCUUCCUGAGAUCCCGCAUCCUCUCCCUGAGAUCCCACGCCCUCUCCCUCCUAUCCCCAAGACCUCGCGACCUCUCCCACCCCUCCCCACAUCUAAAAUGAGCAGCAACGUCCCGAAGCCUGGUCCGGCAAAGCUUGGUCCUCGCGCUGGCCUUGAAGAAUGGCUUGCGGAGGCAAAGCAAUGUCACUAUCUCCCUGAGCAUGCCAUGAAGCAGCUUUGUGAAAUUGUCAAGGAAUGCUUGAUGGAAGAAUCCAACAUCCAGCCAGUUCGUACUCCGGUCACGAUCUGCGGUGAUAUCCACGGUCAAUUCUAUGAUCUCCUCGAGCUAUUCCGCGUCGCGGGCGGCAUGCCUGGAGAGACCAACGUAGCGGCCCCGACUACUAUGACUAAUGUCAUCAAAUCGGACGAUAUUGAACCCCCAACUGAGAUCACUGACCCCAAGCUCAAGAAGAAGAUUAGAGGUUCUGAUAGCGGCAUUGAGAGUAUUAGCGGUGAAGAUGACGACGAUGAUGAGCCUAGAGGCCGCCCUCGUACUGCGGGUCAUUCAAGCCGUGGUGGCAGCACCGGUGGUGAUUCUGGCAUCGGCGUAAACACCGUUUCUGGAACCGGUGAUCAAAACUUCAUUUUCCUUGGUGACUUUGUCGAUCGCGGCUACUUCAGUUUGGAGACGUUUACGUUGUUGAUGUGCUUGAAGGCUAUGUACCCAGACAAGAUCACCCUCGUUCGCGGUAACCAUGAGUCCCGCCAAAUUACUCAGGUCUACGGCUUCUACGAGGAGUGCCAGCAGAAGUACGGCAACGCGUCGGUCUGGAAGUCUUGCUGCCAAGUCUUUGAUUUCCUUGUCCUCGCCGCCAUUGUUGAUGGUGAGGUUCUCUGUGUUCACGGUGGUCUGAGCCCCGAGAUCCGUACGGUGGAUCAGAUCCGUGUUGUAGCCCGCGCGCAGGAGAUCCCUCACGAGGGAGCCUUCUGUGACCUGGUCUGGAGUGAUCCCGAGGAUGUUGAGACCUGGGCUGUUUCUCCCCGUGGUGCAGGCUGGCUCUUCGGAGACAAGGUCGCCAUGGAGUUCAAUCAUGUCAAUGGCCUCAAGCUCAUUGCUCGCGCCCAUCAGCUAGUCAAUGAGGGUUACAAGUACCACUUCGCCCAGAAGUCCGUCGUGACCGUCUGGUCCGCUCCCAACUACUGCUACCGCUGCGGCAACGUAGCCUCCAUCAUGAACGUCGGCGAAGACCUCAACCCCAAAUUCAGCAUCUUCAGCGCCGUCCCCGAGGACCAGCGCGCGGUCCCCGCCGGCCGUCGCGGUGCCAGCGAUUACUUUUUGUAGAUUUGAUUGAUUGGUUGAUUGACGAUUGACAGACGGCAGGAUAUCACAAAGAUGGCGUUCAAGGGGAGUCGGGUUUGCAUAAAGGGAGGCAGGCGUUCUGGCCAGACUACCAUUGAUUGUACUGUACAUUAAACUAACCAUCGCCGACUUGGCUCGGAUUAGACUCUUCGCAUCUCCGGUUUUUUGCCUUUAAAAGCAUACCGGUUUGUUGUCCCCGGUUCCGCUGUUUAUUUACGAGCGCCCGGUUUUUUCUUUUUCUUUUCUCCCUGUCUGGUUACCUUACCUUACGUUACUGGUUUGCGCUUGCGCUUUUUAAGUAAGAAUCAAUGAAUGAAUCGAUG